AAAGAAGUAGUAAGGUCCUGAAGUUUUUAGGAAUACAGACACAAACAGGAAGUGUACUAUUUGGGUUUUCAAAAGUCAGAAAAGAUUACAGAGCAUCCAGUUGAGACCAUACGGGUGGGUCAAGUGAAUGUCAUUUAUGUAUGUCAAGUAAGCGUGUCUCGUGAAUGACACUGGGCUUAUAAAAAGCAGCACAGAGAGCACAUACUGCAACACAGGCUCAUCUAUAAUCAGCAGAUCUGUCAUCCUCUUCUGUUAUUUUUUUAAUAUAACUAAGACCUUUGACACAAUGCUUCUCUGGAGUGUGUUUGCACUCGCUCUGCUUCAUAUGAGCUCCACCUGCAGUGUGUCAGAUGAGAUCUGUACGAACCUGACCGCAGUGCAGGAAGAAAUCGUCAACAUCCACAAUACGUUUCGGAGAGAAGUCGUUCCGACCGCUAGCAACAUGCUAAAGAUGAGAUGGAGUGACGAAGUGGCCGCAACAGCUCAGACGUGGGCGGACACCUGCGCGAUGGCUCACGGCCCGCCCAGCAGUCGCAUGCUCGGAUCGUAUCAAAUGGGGGAAAACCUGUUACAAAGCUCUAGUUUAUUGUCCUGGACGGAUGUCGUGACAGCAUGGCAUAAUGAAGUGGCCAAUUACAAUUAUCCCACAGGGUCCGCCAACGGAAAACCCAUCGGUCACUACACACAGGUGAUCUGGUUCGGCUCGUAUGAGGUCGGCUGCGGAGUGGCCAAGUGUGGGAGCGUAUAUUUCUAUGACUGCCAGUAUUAUCGAGCAGGGAACUAUAGAAGAGUGCCUCCGUACUCUUUGGGAGAACCCUGCUCGGCCUGUCCGGAUGACUGUGAUGACAAACUGUGCACCAAUCCCUGCCCUUAUGUCGACACCUUCGCCAAUUGCCCUGCCUUGAAAACAAAGGGCCCGUGCAGUGACUACAUGAAAGAUUGGUGCACGGCUCAGUGCUUCUGUCCCACCGAGAUCAUUCCUACAAACUAGAAAAAGAAGACAGGAGCUGCAAGUGUCUAAGGCUGAACUGCAAAUCUGUUUUCAACUUCCAGUCUGUCAUCCCUUAGUCAUUUUCUCUCAAGCAAUCAAGAUAUUUUUAUACUUAUACUUAUAUUUGAUGUAGUGAAUAAUGUGAAUAGUACUGUGGAUUAUCACUUGUCACCCCAAUGAGAUGAUCAGUAAAAACUUGUACACAAAGCAUUAAAAUGUGACCAAGAUUUGAUUUGAAAUUAUUUAGAAAUUCAAACUUUUAAAAGUCUUCUUUGAUUAAUCGUUUCCAACAUUAAACCUAAUGCAGUUCAACAACCUACCUAUUGAUAUUUGUGCAGUGGGAGUGAUGCAGCGGGGCUUUAGUCUUUUAGUUUAUCCAACUCUCUAAUCUCUUGCUUAAUCAGAUCAGAUUCCAAAGCUUCACCUUUCAUCUCAAUGCCACUUACGCUCGUCAUCUCGGUGGAGUUUUUCCCUUCUUAUUACUUUUAAUAAAAACAAACAAACCUUUCA